AUGGAGUUUGGCUUUGUAUUGAGAUCACAGAGUGUUUUUCUUAUGGCCAUGCUCACUGUGUGCUGCGUGGAAGCAGUUGCUUUGGAGGCACCAUCCACCACCUUCAAUCUUUCAACUGAUCAAUACUCUCUAUACCAGUUUAAGAGAGAGAUAAGCUAUGAUUCAUAUGGGAUGUUGGCCUCGUGGACCGAGCGUGUUCAUGUGUGCGAUUGGCGAGGAGUUACAUGCAACGUUCAAAAGGAGAGAGUAGUAGCACUGGAUCUUAGUUAUUGUUCCUUGGGUGGCACCAUCAGUCCCUUCUCUCUUACCUCCCUCAGCCUCCAUAUUAACAUCAUCCAUGGAAACAUCCCUGAGGAGAUUGGAACACUUGUGAGUCUAGUUGGAAGCAUUCCUCCAGAGAUUGGAGAGCUUGUGAACUUGACCUACUUACGAUUGGAUUACAACUACUCAAGUGGAAGCAUAACCUCAACAAUGGGGCCACUUAAUGCUUUGGAUUAUUUAGAUUUGUCAGUAAACAGAUUAUAUGGUGCAAUCCCAUCGAGUUUAGGAAAUUGUUCCAAUCUAUUUUACUUGUUCCUCUCCCAAAACCAGAUUAAUGGAACUAUACCUGCUUCGCUUCUUGCCAUCCCACUCCUAACUAUUGACCUAUCUGAUAACAAUCUUUCGGGAAUUAUUCCAGAUUCAUUUAAGAACCAGAGGCAUAUCCAAGAACAAAUUACAUUUUCGGUAACUUUCAUCUUGAUUCGAAGUAAGAAACUGGGGAACAAAGUACUGGGAAAAAAAGUGCCUUUCAAAAUAGAAUACAAAAAAGUCGCUUACCAAGAAUUAUUUUUCCCCACCAAUGGUUAUGAUUCAACAAACUUGAUCGGUAUCGACAGUUUUGGCUCAGUUUAUAAGGGAACUCUUAGCGAUGGGAUGGCUAUUGCAGUAAAGGUUCUCCACCUAAAGCAUCAUAGAGAUUUCAAGAGUUUCAUAGCCGAAUGCAAAGCUCUUAGUGAAAUUCGACAGCGAGACCUCAUCAAGCUAGUCACAUGUUGUAUUACCCAUGGUGCUCAAGGUAAUGACUUCAAAGCCUUAAUAUUAGAGUACAUGUGCAUUGGAAGCUUGAACAAGUGGGUCCACCCACUAAGUCAUUUGGUUAUGGCCAACGAGGAUCAAAAUCGCCAAUUGAGCUUGAAUCUCUUGCAAAGAUUAGACAUUGCGAUUGAUGUAGCAUAUGCUGUGGAGUAUCUACACCAUAAUUGUCCAACACCUAUUGUGCAUUGUGAUUUGAAAUCCAGUUUUCUUGAUGAAGACAUGACUGCACAUGUUGGUGACUUUGGUCUGGCUAGAAUCCUUUCACCAGCAUCAGAACAACAGAGUAGCACACUUGGACUCAAAGGAUCAAUUGGUUACAUCGCCCCAGGUAUCAAAAACCGGUGCUAUAAAACUCACUCGAGUCCACUAGGACUCAGACGAGCACUAUGGGCGAGGCUGAGUUACUCCAAGUUGUGUGUACAAUGCGGGUCACAUAAAAAAUAAAAAUAAUACAAAAAUAGAAAAAACUUAGGAAUCUUAUAUAAAAAUUUUGCAUAUGAUUUGGAUGUCUUCUUGCAAAGAUUCCUGAGUAUUUUUUGCCAUAAUCCCAAUUUUUAUAUUUGUUUUUUAUGAAGUUUUCAAAAUAUCGCCAACUAGAAAUCAAUUUUUGUUAAAUCUAUUUUUUAUUACUUUUUAAGAUCAUUUUGCAUUUUUUGGUUGCUUUUGGCUUUAUUUUACUUUUCCUACCUUUAUCGUAUUUUUUAUUUUUUAAAAUUUAUCUAGGGCUUUGGGCCUAGUACAGGACUCUAGUUUGAGCAUUCGGACUCGUCCAAGUAACUUGCCUCGGCCAAGACGUGUUUCUAAACCUUGUUAACGACAUUGCUUUCAAUGUCACCAAAGCUAUGUUUUUUUACUAAAAUUAAUGUGCGUGACAUUAUACUUACAAGUUUUUAUUUUUGUGUAGUUUCUUUUCUAUGUUUGUUGAAGAUGAUUGUUUUAGUGAUAAUGUUGUUAUUGCAAAGUAUGGUUUUGGUGUUAAAGCAUCGAUCAAGGGAAAUGUCUAUAGCUUUGGGAUUCUAUUGUUGGAGUUGUUCACUGGAAAGAAGCCCACUGAUGAUAUAUUCACAAAUAGAACAAAUCAUUGUGAAUUUGUAAAGAGAGCAUAUCCUCAUCGAGUGAUAGAAAUUGUUGAUAAAAGACUAUUAGAUGCUGGUGGUACAAACGGGGGACUAGAGAGGCUAUAUGAAAUGCAACCAUGUUUGGUGGCCAUCCUGGGUAUUGGGCUUUCUUGUUCAUUAGAAUCACCAAAGGAGAGGAUGGACAUGAGAGGGGUCCUAACAAAUUUGCAGGACAUAAAAUAUGAGGUAUUAAAGUUUGAUGCAAAAAGAGAAAGAGCAAUAUUAUGCGAUAUACCCAGCAGUUCAAACACUGUAUACAUCUUGUUACUCAUCCCAUUGUAUAAACAUGUGCAUCUCUCUCUCUCUCUAUAAGGUUCAGGUUUUUGGGACAACUUGUGGAGUGCCAUUCUUUCUUGGAAUUCAACUUUGAUUCUUUUGAAUGGCCUGCAUUUCAUAUUAGAUUUUACAUGUAAUGAUAUUGUAGAGGUAAUUUGUGGCGUUCAUAACUUAGGUCUCAUUUUGGUUGUAUAUGUGCUAUGCCAUAUAAAUCUUGUAAUACA